AUGGCUGCCCCUCCCACGACGGGCCCUCCCACGGCGGGCCCUCCUAUGGCCGGCCCUCCCAUGGAUCCGGCGUUGUCCGCCGAGGACACCGCAUGGGUGGUGAUUACCGUAUCCGCGAUUACGAUGACAAUGGCGAUGCUGACGCUGGGCGCGCGAGUCUAUACGCGAGCGGUCAUUGUGAAGCAGUUUGGCGCCGACGACUACGGUGCCGUGGCAGCGGGUGUGUCGCUCCUGCUGUGCGGCAUCUUUGUGUGCUUGAACACCAAAAACGGCCUUGGCAAGCACAUGUGGACACUCUCGCCUCCAGAAAUCGUCGAGUACUUUCGGGUCAGCCGCCGUUCCCUUUACCCUCUUCCCUUCCCCACGUCCAUACUAACGCUUGCAUGGCAGUACUUUUUCCUGUCCCUUGUCUGGUACAACGUGACGCUCGUCAUCGUCAAGCUGUCCUUCCUCGCCCAGUACUACCGCGUCUUUUCUAUCCCCCGCAUCCGCCGCAUCAUCGUCGGCUUCAUGUUUGUCGUGGGUGCCUGGAGCCUGUCGCAGGUCUUCAUCACCAUCUGGGGCUGCGCGCCCGUGGCCAAGUUCUGGGACCAGGCGCUGCCGGGCCGCUGCCUGGCCCUCUUCCCGCAGAUGUACAUCAACGCCGCCGGCAACAUUGCCAGCGACGUGGCCAUCUUUUGCCUGCCCAUCCCCAUCCUCAAGAGCCUCAACCUCCGCCGCCAGCAAAAGGUGCUGGUCAUGGCCAUCUUCGGCCUCGGCUUCUUCACCUGCGCCAUCUCCGUCGUCCGCAUCAAGUACCUCCAGCAGGCCGCCGACCUCAGCUGGCAGAACGUCGCCGCCUCCUGCUGGUCCGUCGGCGAGCUGUCUUCGGCCGUCACUUGCCUGUGCCUGCCCACGCUCAAGCCGCUCGUCCAGCAGGUGCUCCCGCACCUCGUGGGCGGCUCGUCGUCGGGCAAGUCGUCUGGUCACAGCGGCCACUCCGGCCCUGACGGCAGCGCAGGCGCCGUCCACGGCCACUCGUCCCGCGGCUACCGCAAGCACAGCGAGGGCGGCGGCAGCAGCAUCACGGCGUCGCAGACCACCGACAGCCAGGAGGCCGUCCGGAACAGCCGCCGCGUGAGCCGGUCGGGCGCCGGCGCCCUCACGACGACCAUGACGACCGAGAGCCAGGAUGAGCUGUACCGCGUCGACGACAUGGAGCUGAGCGUCAGCAGCAGCCACGGCAGCUUCGGUCCUGAAGGAAAGGGGAGCGAUGACAUCGAGGCCACCGCAGGCAGCCGCCACCCGCAUCACGGUGUCGGCGUCGGCGCCGAGUCUGACCGCACCGCCGACACGGCCCCAACGACGCCCGUGUCCGACCGCCGCGACACCCUGCUCGGCCUGCGGACGACGGUGCGCACAGACAUUGGGGCCACCCCGAGCCAGAUCCCGGUCCCCUUGUUCGGCGACAGCCGCGGGACGCACCAGCAGAUCCAGGUCACGCGGGACGUCACGACACGGUCGAUGCCGCGCCGGCUGUGA